CGACAUUCCAAUUUUGGAACCACGACGUCAAUCAUAGGCCCUCACGGCAGCUCGGCACUCCUUGAUGCGCUGCCGUCCAGCCCGUCCAGCCCAACAUUUCUGUCCGUGUGGUCGGCCGGGGCUUCCAAGACACCUUCUCCGAUCGGGGCUCGCUUACUGGUGUGGCUUGCCUGUCCUAGCCGUCGUCCUUGCUGGCCCCCGAACGCCAUCGGGGUAGAGCCUCGACUCUUGCCCACUGCCCUCACGGGCCUCUACCACGUGUGCCCCGACGAUGCGGCUCAUGUGUGCCGGCUGUCCAUUUCCAAGCCUUGUUCACUAAUCCGGCCGCCAACCUGCGAGCGGCAUGCCUCCCAGGUCAUCAAUGAUCCUCCUCUGGCCAUCACAUACUCUUCAGGAAAACAUUCUAUUGCCUGUCUGCCGGCGGCGAUCAGAUGCUCCAUCCAGCAAGACAGUCAUCAUGCUACUGACGACCGGUCAAGUCCCCCACGCGGUCCGGCGAGACUCGCCGUUUACCUAUGAUUAUAUCUGCAUCUAUGCGUCUUUCCUUGGCCAACGCUAACGGCUUGUUGCAGAAGCGGUCGCGCAGCCGGCGCUGGCGUCCUCCGCACAGGGGAGGGGGGAGAGAGCUUAGCAUCGGAGCUGUUCAUCUUCAACUCUCGCAUGUCUUCCUGCAGCGGCCCAGAUUGCUGCCUCAACGGGGCCAAUGACCUGGGCUGGCCUGAAUCUGCCCUCCAUGGUGUAUGAGGCCGGAACAAGAUAAGCGAGAGAGCGGCGUCAUAUGGUCGCUUUGCAUCUCUAUACGAGCGCGAGAGCCUUGAUCCACGCCCGUUCAUUGCCAUGCAGUAGAUCGAGUCCUGUGCUGCUAGAUCUAGCCACAGUCACGACCCGUCAGGCCGGAGACGACGUCUUUGGCCUCCUACACGGUCUGUCAUGGCUGUAGAGACACCGUGAGGGCGGUGCCGCCUCGCCUCGCACCGCCAAAUCCGCCUUGGUUACACAACUGAGGGGGCGCAAGCCUCCAAUACUCCGCCCAUGCCGUCUACACUUCUCUGUGCAUGGCCUCGUGCACUUCGACUAACAGCUGCAGCGGACAUGACCCCCUGUCAGCCAAGCUUGCUGUGCGCUGACCUCUGCAUGCUGAGCGGCGAUGAGAACAGGGAUCA